AAAUGGUUCUGCUCCAUGUGAAGCGUGGCGAUGAGAGCCAGUUUUUGCUGGAAACAACGGGCAGCACUUCCGUUGAAGAUUUAACAUUGGCAGUGACAAGGAUCUACAAUGGAAGGCUCAAAGUUCAACGUGUUUGUGCAGAAAUGGAAAUGCUAGCGGAGCAUGGUAUUUUAUUACCUCCUAACAUGCAAGGUCUGACAGAUGAGCAAAUUGAAGAGUUGAAGCUGAAGGAUGAAUGGGCAGAAAAAUGCAUUCCAAGUGGUGGAAGUGUCUUUAAAAAAGAUGAAAUUGGACGAAGAAAUGGACAUGCUCCAAAUGAAAAAAUGAAGCAAGUUCUAAAAGCAACAAUAGAAGAAUCCAAAGCACUUAUUUCUAAGAAACAAGUUCAAGCUAAUGUAAGUGUUACUAUGGACAUGGUGAAAGAUGCUCUGGACCAGCUCCGAGGAGCUGUGAUGAUUGUUUAUCCGAUGGGACUCCCUCCCUAUGACCCAAUUAGAAUGGAGUUUGAAGAUAGAGAAGAUCUAUCAGGAACUCAUGCUGCUCUUGAGGUGAUUGAGGAACCAGAGGCACAGUUAUGGUGGGCAGCAAAGGAGCUGAAAAGAACAAAUCAGCUUUCUGACUAUGUGGGCAAAAAUGAAAAAACAAAAGUUCUUGUCAAGAUACAGAAAAAAGGACAAGGUGCUCCAGCCCGAGAACCUGUUAUUAGCAAUGAAGAACACAAACAAAUGAUGCUUUAUUAUUACAAAAGACAAGAGGAACUAAAGAAAUUAGAAGAAAAUGAUGAUGAUUCCUGUUUAGAUUCUGAAUGGGCCGACAAUCGUGCCUUGAAAAGACAUUUUCAUGGUGUAAAAGACAUCAAAUGGAGACCAAGAUAAAGUGAUUUACAUAGAUUGUUUUAUUUUUAACAAGAUUAAUGAUCUACUGGUUAUACUGGAAACAUAGGUGCAAAUCUGUGUAUAAAUAUA